AGUUUAUGCGCAAUUGUCCGCGCCCAUUUUCGACCAAACGCAUUUUAUUUGUCAACUGUCACUUUUACGUUUGUUUACUUUUAUAAUUUUUCUGUUAUUUUUCGGUUUUUUUCGUUUUAUUCUUAAAUUUACCAGCUUUGCUCACAUAACAAUGGAAAAAAUAACGAACGGGGUUAUUUCACCACCGCCAGCCCCCGACCUGAAUGGAAACACCUCAAAGGGGCUCAAAAAUUGCAACGGAGUGUCCAAACUCAAAGACCAGAUCAUGACCGAGGACGGCCGUGUUUUCUACCCUUGCCAAUUCUGCAACAAAGUCUUCCCUAUUAAAAAAUCGCGUACUUUACACAUUCAGAAAUGCGCGGCCAAAGAGUACAUUUUGUCAGUCGGGGACGAGGGUAAAAUACCCAAAGACAAUCCCGAGAAAUCCCCCGAACUGAAAAAAAUCGAUAUUAAGCAAAACAUUGUCUUGAAUGAGCUUAAGACUUCGCCCAAGUCGCCCCCGAUUAAAUUAACGAUUAAGCGCAGCCCCAGCAACGGUAGCAACCACUUCACUGUCUCCAACUCGCUUGUCUUGAAGGAAAAAAACGACACUGACGAUUUUAACACAAUUGCCAAAAGACUGGAAAGUAAUUCUGUGACAAUAACGAAGCAGGCCCCGAAAAACGAGCAAAAAGCGCCCCCUGAAAGCGACGAUUUGAACGAGUUUACUUGUCGCGAGUGUAAGAAGGAGUUCAAAUCGUCUUUGGAGUUGUUAAGACAUGGGCGGAAAGUCCACUCUUACCCAAAGGUUCUGAUGGCUUUGAGUGAGGUAAAAAAGUUUUACGCGGCCAAAAAUAGGUCAGAGUGCCCGAUUUGUCAUAAACCCCUCAAGACGAAUUUCCGGUCUGCGUUUGUUAAACAUCUGCUAACGCAUACGAAUGAAAUGAAGUAUUCGUGUAAAGUCUGUAAUAAAAAGUUCCGCAGGUCUGAUCAUAUGAAAGCGCACGAGAAGCGGCAUGUUUAGGGAUAAGUAUUGUUACUUUAUAGGGAUAUUUAUUGUUUACUCAUUAGACUUUUUAAGCCACCAGUUAUGUAUUUUUAGUGUAUCGUUUUGUUUCGAGUGUUGCAUUACUAUACAUUUUAUCAUUGUAAUGUUUUUCUUCAAAGUAUGAAUCGAGUUGAGAUUUAAGCGGCAAAAUUUAUUGUGCCGGCAUUUUUUGACAAAUAUAUUUUUUCCACAAGA